AUGAUGGAUUUUUCUAAAUUAAGUAUUGGUCAACGACGCUUUGUAGAAGAUCAUUUAUAUGGAUAUACUGAUACACGAUAUCAAUGUGUUCGUGCAUGGUCUACUGAUACUGAAAAGGUGGCUGAAGUGAUUCAUCUUGUUGAUGAUUCUGUAUUAUUACAACAUGCGAUUCAGAAUUUGUUUGAUGAGUCUAAGCGAUGGCAUAUACAAAGUCAAAGUCAAUUAAAUACGUGGUCGGAUUUUAAACGAGAAAUGAUAUUACGCUUUGAUAAAGGUUCAAAUAUGCAUGAUAUAAAUGAUUUUUCACAAUCAAAAACAAUGAUGAAAGAACGUCGACGCAACAUUGUCAAACUUGAGUUAGAUAUCUGUUUCUAA